AUGGUUGACGUGAAACUACUAGGAUUUUGGUCUAGCCCUUUUGUUCAUAGAGUCAUAUGGGCUCUCAAAUUCAAAGGCAUAACCUAUGAAUACAUAGAACAAGAUAGACAUAACAAAAGCCAGUUACUCCUUCAAUCCAAUCCUAUUUACAAGAAAGUGCCUGUUCUUAUUCACCAAGGAAAACCCAUUCUAGAGUCACUUGUUAUUCUUGAAUACAUUGAAGAUACUUGGCCACAUAAUCCAUUGCUGCCAAAAGAUUUUCACGAUAGAGCCUUAGCUCGAUUUUGGAUUAAAUUUGGAGAAGAUUCGAUUGUUUCUAUAACCAAUUUACUUAUGCGACCCUCUAAAGACGAAAAUGAAAAGGUUAAAGCAAUAGAAAAAGCACAAGAAACUAUCACAAUAAUGGAAGAGCAAGGCUUAGGGGACAAGAAGUUUUUUGGAGGCAACAAUAUUGGAAUGGUAGAUAUUGUAUAUGGAUGUCUUAGUCAUUGGUUAGAAGGGUUGGAGGAAAUGGUUGGGAUCAAAUUAAUUGAAGAAAAGAAAUUUCCUUACUUGCAUGCAUGGAUUCAAAACUUUAAGCAAGUUCCUCUAAUUAAAGAAAAUCUUCCGGACUAUGAGAAAUUGUUGGUCCAUCUUCAGUGGCGCAGGCAGGGAUAUAUUAUUUAA